AAGGGAAGGAAAGAAGGGAAGGAAAGAAGGCAGGAAGCAGGCGAAGAAGGCAAGCAGGCAGCGGCCUCUCCUGAACCAAAGGCGGUCGGGGCUCCGGCUGAACGAUCACAUGAUGCCGAUCUUUUCUAGUAUUAAUGGGCAGUUUGAUGCUCCAGCAUGCGCCACAUCGUGUUGUUAGAGCUACCACAGAGGCCUCGCAGGAACAUGAAGGCCCCGAGGUAAUGAAUCACUCUAACAGAAGAUUGGAUAUCUCAGAACAGGAUCUUUAAUCCUUAUCAGUGGUUGCCGCUCUGUGAGGUUGGAAAGAAAUUGUUGUACCAAGUCAUCCAUCUGGAUGUGGGAGCUUUGAAGGGGGAGAAAGAAUAUUCAGAAUUGGUAAACGGAUUUGCAUGGGGUUCAGAACUGAGCCAACUUCUGAAAUAAUAUCCCCGAACUUGAAUAGAUGGCUCUCCAGCAGCAUCUACAAGCUUUUAAUAUCUCCCCAGUAGAGGAGAGGAGAUUGUGUCUAAAUGGAACACCCUGGAUUUGGCAUCUCCUUGAAGAAUGUGUCGGGAACGCGUGGGAGUAUUGGAGCGUUGUCAUAGGGCUGAUCUCCAUUGUCUGCUUUCUCUUUGCUGCUCUACCUCAAUUGUACGUGGCCUAUCAGAAUGGAAAAGUGGACCAAGCGCUGUCAUUGGGGUUUCUUCUGUGCUGGAUUGCUGGAGACCUCACCAGUUUUAUUGGGUGUUACUUGACAAAUCAACUGCCAAUACAGAUCAUCACUGCCAUUUUUUACAUUUACAUGGACAUAAUUAUGAUAUCCCAGUUUGCCUAUUAUAAGCUAAAGAAUCAGAAGGUGACAAAAUGUGGUACAAACUUGAAGAAUGGCUGUAUAGCUUGGAUCUUGCUGUGCAUAGUACUGUGUAUGAUUUUACCUAGUCAACUGCUGCUACGAAACCAGGUCCUGAACACUAUUUUAAGAAAAAGUGAGAGAUCCCGUGGUAUCAUAGAGAUGUCAGGCUUCAUUUGUGGCUAUGUGUCAUGCGUGUUUUAUUUAGGAUCGAGAAUUCCUCAGCUGUAUAAAAAUUUCCAAAGAAGAUCGACAGAAGGCACGUCUUAUCUGUUGUUUGCCUUAGCCAUGAUGGGGAACUGUACCUACGGUCUAAGUCUUAUCUUAAAAAUGCCUGCAAGAAAAUAUCUCAUUGGUUUAUACUUCUGGCAUCAUCUCCCUUGGCUCAUUGGAAGUUUUGGAGUUUUGGUUCUAGAUAUUUUUAUUACUGCUCAAUUUAUUAUGUACCGGAAACACAAGGAGAGAACAACUAACUUGGUGGCAUUUGAAGUUGAACCCUUGCUAAUAAAUGAAGAUUUCUAAUGUUUAUAACAUCACUGUUACCUUCCUGUAAAAAGAAAGGUCACAUUUCGUCAUAACAAUCAUAACCCAAGUCUCAGUGGUUCGGCGUGUUCUUGCCAAAUACGAUAAAAUCUGGAUGUGCCCCAAUGUUUUCAUUCUGAUAUUGUCAAGAUUUUUGAUAAGCAAAAGAUGAUGCUCCCAAUAGACUCAGCAUAUUGGCACUUCCUUGUAUUUGUUUGGCUUGGAUAGAUACUGUUACAAAAGAGAAAUGAGGCCAGAUCUAUUCAUUCCAGGGUGAUCUUCAAUUAAUGGAUUUUAAGAAGUUGAAAUCCUAAAAGACUACGCAGCAUAGGAAGAAACAUGUCAAAUUUUGCAAGAUCAGGUGCUAAGUUGCAACAAAACCAAAAACUAUAUUUGUCUUCAACAAAUGUUUUCAUACUUAAAUAAUUCUCAAGUUCCAUACUACUUUUCUGAGCCAGUGUGAUAAUAAAUUGUUUUAUUUACCAAAAA